AACUUCUUGAGUUUUAGAGAGGAGCCCUUCAUUUCAAGAUUUAAAAACAAAGUAUACAGUACAUUGUGCAUUGUGCAUGCUGCAUCAGGUUCCAUUAUGUUCUUAGGAUUCAUAAUUCAUCAUUCAUGUAGUCUUUUUCACCAGUUUAGACUUUAGACUGCUAGUUUUUUUUCACUCUUAUCUUCAUCUUCCCAACAACACAAAAUAGUUUAUGAUAAUAUUAUGAUUGAUUGAUUAUACAGCCCUCCUUUGGGCUAAUGCAAGUAGGGGGUGGAUUUGCAAUAUCUAAAUAGUGGAGGUUUCCAAUGAGCUUAUCAAUUCUUUUUGUUAAAGAAAGGGGACAGCACCCAGCCACUCCGGAGAGAAGCUAAGGAGGAAGCGAAAGAGAACAGAAGUGAGCUGAGCUUAAGCAAUGGAGCUUCCAUGGGUAGUGCUGCUGCUGCUGGUCCUCUCCGUCUCCUCCUACUCGUCGUCGUCGUCGGCAGUUGCUACACUCGCCGUCAGUGCUCCAGCUCCAGCCCCUGCACCUCGCCAUGCUCAAGAUGCUGAAGGCCUGCUCAUCAAUGGCAAUUUCGAGACGACGCCGAGGAAGCUGAACAAGACCCUCAUCGUGGGCCGCCACUCGCUGCCGGGGUGGACGCUGCGCGGUCACGUCGAGUACGUCUCCGGCGGUCCGCAGCCGGGCGGCAUGUUCUUCGCGGUGCCGCACGGUGUGCACGCGCUCCGCCUCGGCAGCCGCGCGUCCGCGUCGCAGAACGUGUCCGUGCGCCCCGGCGCGCUCUACGCGCUCACGUUCGCGGCCACGCGCACGUGCGCGCAGGACGAGGCCCUGCGCGUCGCGGUGGUGCCGUCGCUCUCCGCUCCUGCCGACGUCGCCGUGCGCACGCUCUACAGCGGCGAAACCGCCGACACCUGGGCCUGGGGCUUCCGCGCCUCCUCCCCCGUCGCGCAGGUGACGUUCGCCAACCCCGGCGUGCAGGAGGACGCCGCGUGCGGCCCGCUGCUCGACGCCGUCGCCAUCAAGGAGCUCCCCACCCCGUACCCGACCAAAGAAAAUCUCAUCAAGAACGACGGCUUCGAGAUCGGGCCGCAGGUGUUCAAGAACUCGUCGGUCGGCGUCCUCCUGCCUCCCAAGCAGAAGGACACCACGUCGCCUCUCCCCGGAUGGAUCAUCGAGUCGCUCAAGGCCGUGCGGUUCAUCGACGCAGCCCACUUCUCAGUUCCCGCAGGGCAGUACGCCGUGGAGCUGGUGGCGGGCCGCGAGAGCGCCAUCGCGCAGGUGAUCCGCACCGUGCCCAACCGCCCCUACAACCUGUCCUUCGUCGUCGGCGACGCCAAGAACGGCUGCCACGGGUCGAUGCUAGUGGAGGCGUUCGCCGGCAACGUGACGCAGAAGGUGCCGUUCGAGUCUACGGGGAAGGGCGGGUUCAAGCCGGCGAGCUUCAGAUUCGUGGCGAGCAGCCUCAGGACCCGGCUCACCUUCUACAGCUCGUACUACCACACCAAGGUGAGCGACGGCAUCUCGCUCUGCGGCCCCGUGCUGGAUCAAGUCAAGGUCAUGCCUGUCAAGGCGUGAUAGGAUUUAUCUUAGCUCGUUGAUUGGACGGAUGAAUCGUAUGAACUCUUACGAUUUGCUGCCGUUUCUGUACCGGUAAUUUGGCACGGUGGAUUGUGAAAACUGAGAGACUGAGAGCUCUGGAUCUCCGAACAUGCUUUGCAAGACUUGUGCAUGCAGUGGAAUGUACUCCAAAUUGUGUGUGAAA